AUGCACCAGGGGGCAUUGACAUUAGAUGUACAUGCCGUAGAUGUCGAGGAAGUGUUGGAUGUUAAUUCCUCAGAAGAAGGUGAUGAGGCAAGCGAAAAUGAUGCGUAUAUUGAUGAUAUGGAUGAGAUGCUUGAUGACAUUCAGGUUGGAGCCUCUAUGGACCAGUCUAGAGGUUUUCAAAUACCUGGUACUGAUGGUGUGACACCUGGUGGUUCUUCUACAAGCUUUCCAGAAUUGUUAGAAGAUGCACUCCAUCCACUCUAUCCAUCAUGCUUGACGUUUUCAAAGCUUUCUUUUAUCGUAAACUUGCUCCAUAUCAAGACUAUUGGUGGUUGGAGUGUUAAAUCCUUUAACAUGGUCAUCAAGCUCCUGAAAUCUGCAUUUCCUUACGCUCUUCUCCCAGACUCAUACAAUGACGCAUGCCGAUUGGAACGUGGCCUUGGCUUUAAUUACACAAAGAUAGAUGCCUGUUUGAAUGAUUGUGUUCUAUUUUGGAAGGAGCAUUCUAAUAAAGAGAAGUGCCCAAAAUGCAACACUUCGAGAUGGGUGUUAAGCAGUACUAAGCAAAAGAAAAUUCCACACAAAGUGCUGAGACAUUUCCCUUUGAUCCCAAGGUUGCAAAGACUAUUUAUGUCUAAUAAAUCUGUCGGGGUAAUGAGAUGGCAUGCUACUAAACGCGUCAACGACUCUAAUCUAAUGAGGCACCCUGCAGAUUCAAAGACAUGGAAAGAAUUUGACAUGCAGUACCCUCAUUUUGCCUUAGAUCCUCGUAAUGUGAGAAUUGGGUUAGCGAGUGAUGGUUUUAAUCCAUUUAACAAUAUAGCAAAACCCUACAGUAUAUGGCCAGUGAUACUCGUAGCAUAUAACUUGCCCCCUUGGUUAUGCAUGAAAGAUCCAUACCUCAUGCUUUCCUUGAUAAUUCCUGGCCCAAAAGCACCUGGCAACGAUAUUAACGUGUAUCUAUGCCCUUUAAUCGAAGAACUGAUAUCUCUAUGGGAAGUUGGUGUCAAUACAUAUGAUGCGUUUGCAUUACAUUCGUUUCGAUUACAUGCAGCAUUACUCUGGACCAUUAAUGACUUCCCAGUGUAUGCUAAUUUGUCUGGCUGGAACACAAAUGGAAAGAUGGCAUGUCCUACUUGUAAUGAUGCUACGGAUUCAUUGUGGUUGGUCCAUGGGAGAAAGCAUUGUUACAUAGGUCAUCGGCGGUGGUUGUUGCCAGGGCACAAGUGGAGAUCUAAUAGAGCUAAAUUUAAUGGUAGUACCGACUAUCGGCAAGCACCUAUACAUUUGUCAGGAUAG